AUGAGGUUCUCAACGGUGCUCCUCUCGGUGCUUGCGCCAUUUAGUCUUGCGGCCCCUGAGCCAAAGACUGUUUCCGCACCAGAGCUCUCGGGCCAAUUGGUUGAGCUUUUGGAGAAGCAUAACCUCGCGCUUGUACCGCGAUCAGAACUCACAGACGCGUUAAAAGAAUUGAAUACACUUCUCAAGAGUGAUCGAUUUCCUCGCGCGCCUGUUCUGAUAAGGCGACAAAAUACUACUUCGGGUUCUGGCUCAAAAUCUGGCGGCUCUAGCUCAGGGUCUGGAUCAGAUGACGACUCAGACUCAGAUAGCGGCGGUUCAAGUCGCGUUGUCUCAAUUCCUGGGCUGGAUGGUCUCGGCGACCUCGGCGAUGGCCUCAAGGGAUUGACAGACGCCCUCGGCGAGUUGGGAGAUCUUCUCAAAGCCCUCAAGAAUCUCCUAACAGCCGAGUUCCUUGACGCAUUCCACGAUGCUAUGGUCUAUCUCGCAGCCACAUUGAAGCCUCCCGCACCCAACCAGAUCAGAAGUCUGCUUGAGAAAGCAGGUCCUUUGCUGGAUCUUGUUGGCGAACUCGACCUCAAGGGCCUUGUCGAUCAGCUCAAGGAUGUCGAUAUCGCUGGUAUCGUCUCCAAGGUUCUCAAGCUUCUCACCGACGGCAACCUCAAGAACAUCGACGGUCUGCUCACCAAUGGCGCGAGCCUCUUGACACCAGAUUUCGUCAAGCAGACCAAGGGCCUCAUUGGUGACGUCUCACCUCUUCUCGACGAGCUCGCUCCUCUUCUCAAGAAGCUCACCGGCCUUGAUCUCGAGGGCAUUCUAUCAGCUUUGGACCCACUUCUCAAGAAGGAAUCCAUCCAGGGCAUUGUCACUCUACUCAAGAACGCCGGCGAUCUUCUCACCGCCAAGACCGUCGAUGAGAUCCAGGGUCUUCUCGGCGAAGUCUCCCCCAUCAUCAAGGAUAUCGCCCCACUUCUCGAGCAACUCACCAAGCUCAACCUUGAAGAAGUCCUCAAAGCGCUGCAGCCGCUCCUUAAGGAUGAUUCUAUCAAGGGUAUCUUGAGCUUGCUGAAGAACGCCGAGACUCUGUUGACACCAAAGUUUGUGGACCAGACACAAGACCUUAUCGGUGCUGCGGCUCCACUGAUCGACAAGUUGAACGAUGUCGAUCUCAAGGGCGUUCUUGAUGCCUUGAGUCCAUCCUUAAGAAGGAGGCCAUUCAAGGACUUGGUGGACUGUAUCAAGACUCUUCUUACGGAAGCAUCCCCCUUGAUUGAGAAGCUCUCUGAUAUUGACCUUAAGGGUGUUCUGGACGCGUUGAGCCCUAUCCUGAAGAAGGAGGCUAUUCAGGGUGUCGUCGGCCUCUUGAACAACGCUGAGGACCUUUUGACCAAGGAUACUGUCAAGAGUAUCAAGACUUUGUUGUCGCAAGCAUCACCAUUGAUCGACAAGCUCUCGGAUAUCGAUCUGAAGGGCGUCCUUGAUGCUCUCAGCCCGAUCCUGAAGAAGGAAGCCAUUCAGGGCCUGGUUGGACUAUUGAACAAUGCGGAGGAUCUUCUGUCGAAGGAGACUGUGAAGAGCAUCAAGACUUUACUGUCUCAAGCUUCUCCUCUGAUCGACAAGCUUGCUGACAUCGACCUGAAGGGUCUUCUUGAUGCUCUUAGCCCCAUCUUGAAGAAAGAAGCCAUCCAGAACCUCGUCGGUCUGCUCAACAACGCCGAGGAUCUCCUUUCCAAGGAGACCGUCAAGAGCAUCAAGACCUUGUUGUCUAGCGCCUCACCUCUCAUCGACAAGCUGUCUGAUCUCGAUAUCAAGGGCAUUCUCGAUGCACUUGGCCCCAUUCUCAAGAAGGACGCCAUCGAGGGUCUCGUUGGCCUUCUCAACAACGCUGAAGAUCUACUCGAUAAGGAGACCGUCAAGAACAUCAAGUCUCUCCUUACCAGCGCUGGUCCUCUCAUCAACGAGUUGAAGAAGAUUGAUCUCGCUGGCGUUCUGAACGCACUUGCACCUAUCCUCACCAAGGAUUCUAUCAAGGGCAUCGUUGGAUUGUUGGGUAACGCCGAGAGUCUCUUGACCAAGGAUUUCGUAUCCGACACCAAGAAGCUCAUCUCCAACGCCAGCCCGCUCCUGGUCAGCCUCGGCAAGAUUGAUCUCAAGGGUCUCCUCGAUUCGCUUGCACCGCUUCUUACCAAGGACUCGAUCAAGGGUAUUGUCGGUCUUUUGGGUAACGCUGAGAACCUGCUCACUAAGGACUUUGUCUCUCAGACCAAGAGUCUCAUCUCCAAGGCUUCGCCUCUUCUGGAUAGCUUGGAUGAUGCUGAUCUCAAGGGUCUGCUUGAUCAAGUCGGUCCUCUUCUCAAAGAGGUCGGCAAGCUCAAGCUUCAGGAUAUCAUUAGUGCCGUUGCACCUCUCCUCACCAAGGAUUCCAUCAACGGCAUCGUUGGACUCCUCGACAAUGCCGAGAACCUCCUUACUAAGCAGUUUGUCUCUCAGACCAAGUCUCUCAUCGGAAAGGCUUCUCCUCUUCUCGACAGUCUUGACAAGGCGGAUCUCGCUGGUUUACUCGAUCAAGUCGGCCCUCUCCUCAAGGAAGUCGGCAAGCUUAAGCUUCAGGACAUCUUGAGCGCAGUCCAGCCACUGCUUACGAAGGACUCCAUCAAGGGCAUCAUCGGUCUGCUUGACAACGCGGAGAACCUUCUCACCAAGGACUUCGUUUCCCAGACCAAGUCUCUCAUUUCCAAGGCUGGACCUCUUAUUACUAGCGUGUCCAAGCUCAACCUUGAGGAUCUGCUCGACCAAGUUGAACCACUUCUCAAGAUGCUCGGCAAGCUUGAUCUCGAGGGCAUCCUUAGCUCUCUUGCUCCUCUUCUCACCAAGGACUCGAUCAAGGGAAUCGUGCGCCUGGUUGAUAACGCCGAGAACCUGUUGACAUCUAAAUUCGUCAACGAGACUCAGACACUUAUCUCUGGCGCUGUUCCUCUGAUCUCCUCACUGGAGGACGCUGAUCUGCCCGAAUUGCUGGACCAGGUCGGCCCUCUGCUGAAGGAGAUUGGCAAGAUCGAUCUUGUCAAGCUUGUCAAGAAGCUGUCACCUCUUCUCGACGAGAUCAGCGAUUUGGACAUUAAGGGUAUCUUUGACGCGCUUGCGCCGCUACUCUCACAAAAGGGCGUCAAGGGCAUUAUGGACCUUCUUGGUAACGCUGAGGAUCUCCUCACACCUAAGUUUGUCAACCAGACCCAGACUCUCAUCGGUGAAGCCGUACCUCUGGUUGAGGCGCUUGGCGACAUCGAUCUCAAGAAGCUCAUCAAACAGCUCCAGCCUCUUCUCGAGGCCCUCGGCGAGAUUGACUUGGGAGAUCUCAUCAAGAAGGUCAAGCCACUUCUCAAUGCUCUCAUGAAGAUCGAUCUCGUCAAGCUGGUUAACAAACUUGUGCCGCUGCUCGAUACUCUGGAUGACAUUGACCUGAAUGGUUUGCUCAAGGCAAUUGAGCCUCUUCUCACACCUCAGAGCAUCAAGGGUAUUGUCGGUCUGGUUGACAACGCAGAGGAUCUCCUCACGGCCAAGUUCGUCAACCAAACGCAGACCCUCAUUUCGGGCGCAGUACCAUUAAUUGAGCAAUUGAAUAAGCUCGACCUUGAGGAGCUCUUUGAGAUUAUCGAGCCUCUGCUCAAGGAGCUGGAUGGUCUGGAUCUCACUGGUCUUGUCGAUGCUGCCAAGCCUCUGCUCAAGGCCCUCAAGAAGAUCGAUGUCCAGGGCAUUGUCGAUGCAGUGGUGCCAUUCCUUAACCCCAAGACCAUCAAGGGUCUUCUCGGCUUGGUUGGAAAUGCUGAGGAUCUCCUUACCAAGAACUUCGUCAACCAAGUAUCGGAACUCAUUGGAGACGCGACACCUCUUGUUGCGACAGUUGGAGACUUGGUACAUGCGGUACUCAAGGAGCUAGUGGGACGGUCUUAA